UAAACAUUAAUCGUAGGACACGCGUCACUUUCUGUUGCUAGGAUACACUUGACUGAGAAUGUGUUUAUCUUCAAAUCAAACCUUAACGCCAACUUUAAAUUCACUUUGUCAAGAUAGUUUCGCAUGCUGCUACAUGUUGUCCGCCUAUAAAUACCAUCAGGACCAAAUGAGCUUAUUCCACCAGCAGUGACAGCAGCCACAGAUGUUGUCUGCAGUACGGUCUGUCCAGAAUACAGGACCAAGAAAAUCUGGUUACCUGAUUGGUCCACAAAAUAUAUCAGAUGUUGAAGCACAGAUGGCUCAGCAGGCCCGCCAAAAGAUUGAAGCCCGUCUGAAAAUGGCAAAGUUAUUUCAGAAAUACAGGGCUCAGCUAAUCUCCAAUAAAUAUGAUGUCACCAUAACCUCAGACCCUGUGUCAAAGGAAGAGAAGAUCUGCCUUACUGUGUAUGAAAACAAGAAAGUUGUGCAGCUCACUGUGAAGAACUCUGGUGUCAAAACGGUUUAUUUAACUUUUUGGGCUUCUGACCUCGUAAAGAACAUUUUCACUGUGAGAGACUGUCAUGGAAACAUGAUCAAGACUAUCAAGCAACACGCUCUUCGACCAGGAGAGGCAUAUACAAUCAAGGUCCAUUUCUACUCUGUCCAGCCAGGCUUCUAUGAACAGUUACUGGUCUUUAGGUUUGAAACGCACCAGCAGUCCUCAGAUAAAUUUGAGAUUAUGCGCCUCUUGGAAGUCAUUCAUCAGACAUCUUUUAGUGAAGAGCUCCUCCCCACAGCCACAAACUCAUUGUGGGAACGCCAAACUGUGAAGUCUACACCUACUGAAAGUGUUAAAUUGAUGUUGCUUAAGUCUGUAGUGCCUUUGAAGUAUUAUGCGAUGCCCAACGGUAUAGAAGACCUCAGGAAAUCCAACACGGACCUGCAGAAGAGACCUCUGGACUGGAAGAACUACUCCCGGAGGUUCCACUUGCUGCUUCAUCUCGAGGAGCUCCAUCUGACGAAAGAGACUGAAAAAUACAUCCAGAAUGCUGUACCCAUGUUCAGACACAAAAGCAACACAGACCUUGUCAUUUUGCAGAUUGCAGGUGUCUCAAAGAACUCAUUGAGACUGUCCAGUAACCAGGUGCUAGUGACUCCUUUAGACCAUUCAAGAGUUCUUGAACAUAAAAUUUACAAAGGCUGGGUCCAUCAUGUGGAUGCGGAGCAGGUCUACCUGCAAUUCAGCGAAAAGUUCCUGAGUCAUUUCAAGGAGGGCAUGAGGUUCAGUGUUAACUUCACUAUCAACCGUAUUCCCCUGCGUAUCCAGCAUAGAGCAGCAGCGCUGGUGUACAAGCACAGACUGAAGGAGGUGCUGUUUCCCACUGGACAACUUUCUUCCCACCAUUCACGUCUACACAGGUUGUUAGAGCUUGAGAGCAACCCAGAGCAGCUUAUGGCCAUUCAACACAUUGUAGCUGGCACUGCAAAACCUGCUCCUUACCUGGUAUUUGGUCCACCUGGCACAGGCAAAACAGUGACUUUGGUGGAAGCCAUCAAGCAGAUAAUGAAAACGCAGGCCUCAUGCAACAUCCUGGCUUGCGCUCCUUCCAAUAGUGCGACUGAUCUUCUCUGUGAGAAGAUUCUGCAAGGAAAGAUGAACAAGCGCAAGGUGUAUCGCUUGUACGCCCUAAGCUGGCCUGUGAGAAAUAUUCCCAAAAAUAGAAAGUUUUCCUGUAACCUGAACUGCGACACAAACACGCUUAUGAUUCCCCCUAAAGAGGAGCUGAUGAAGUAUAAGAUCAUGGUCACCAGCCUGCUAACUGCGGGAAGGCUAGUAACAGGAGGGAUUCCUCCUGAUCAUUACACUUACAUCUUUGUGGAUGAGGCAGGUCAGGCUGCAGAAACAGAGUGUCUCAUCCCUAUAGCAGGUUUACUGAAACCGCAGAGAUGCCAGGUAGUGCUGGCUGGAGACCCUAAACAGUUAGGCCCCAUCAUCACAUCCACAAUGGCAAAGAAACAUGGCAUGGGUGUGUCCCUGUUGGAGCGUCUGAUGAGGGACAUCAACCUUUACAAGUCACAUGAGACAUAUGGGUUCAACAACCGCUUUGUCACCAAAUUACUGAGGAACUACAGGUCCCACCCUGCAAUUCUUAAAAUUCCCAAUGAGCUCUUUUAUAAAGGAGAACUUCAGCCAUUUGCUCAUAAAGAGAAAUGCAGUUCAUACUGCAAAUGGGAAUGCCUGCCCAAGAAAGGUUUCCCUUUGAUCUUCCAUGGAGUGGCCGGUACUGAUGAACGUGAUGCCAACAGUCCCUCUAUUUACAACAUGGCAGAGGUGGAAGUGUUGAAGGAAUACCUAAAAUCCCUUGUUGACCAUCUUCACAAAAAGGGUGUGACCAAAAUUGAACCAAGAGAAAUUGGCAUCAUUGCCCCAUACAGAAAACAAGUGGAGAAAAUCCAGAAUGCCCUUCAGAUGGACAAAGAUCUCAGGAAGGAAAACUUGAAAAACGUUUUGGUUGGAUCAGUGGAGCAGUUUCAGGGUAAAGAGUUCAAUGUGAUUCUGGUGUCUACAGUGCGCAGCAAUCCCAAACUGACUGCGCACAAGCAACAAUUCACUCUAGGCUUUGUUGAUAAUGAGAAGAGGUUCAACGUGGCAAUGACUCGAGCACGAGCCUUACUGAUUGUGGUUGGAGACCCGAGAGUUUUGAAAACUGACCACGUCUGGAACAAAUUUAUCCAUUACUGCUCCAAAGAAGGGGGUUACCGUGGCAUUACAGUCUCUGAUGCAGAGGAAGAGGAAGAUACACUGACUAAUGGACACUCACCGAGCCUCUAUGGAGAGUGAUCAGCAACAGCUGAACCCCUGUUGAUGGAACCAACAGACCUCGCACACUCAUCUUUGGCUCCAGUAUUUAACAUAAAAAAAGCAAGAAUAAAGAACUGGAUGAGAAACUGAGAA